AUGAAAGAUUCUAAGGCCCCAGGGCCUGAUGGUUUCGGGGCUAGAUUUUACAAAACAACCUGGGAGAUUAUUAAGGAGGACCUUAUCAAGGCUAUUAAAUGGUUUUUUGAGAACUCCUUUAUGCCCUAUUCUGUUAAUGCUACCUUUAUUUCUCUGAUCCCUAAAUUUGGAGAUGUUUCCUCCUUUGCGGGCUAUAGACCUAUUGUACUUUGCAAUCUGCUUUACAAGAUCAUUACUAAGAUCAUCUCUAAUAGACUCCAGAAGGUUAUCGGCGAGGUGAUCAGUUUCAAUCAAUCAGCUUUUAUCAAAGGAAGAUCUAUAGUUGAUAAUAUUCUUGUUUGCCAUGAUAUUGUGAGAGGAAUUGAGCAAAAAGCAGCCAACCCCACUGUGGUGUUGAAGGUUGAUCUCCAUAAAGCCUAUGACUCCUUGAGCAGGAACUUUCUAUUUGAAGUGAUGGAAAUAAUGGGCUUCAUAGGGAAAUUCCUUGGAUGGGUUAAGGCUUGUGUUACCACACCCAUGUUCUCCGUUCUCAUUAAUGGCAGCCCCACAGGUUACUUCAAGGGAGAUAGAGGUAUCAGGCAAGGUGACCCGCUCUCUCCUUAUUUGUUCACUAUUGCCAUGGAAGCUUUUUCAGGAAUUAUACGAAGGCUGGAAGUAGAUGGUCAAAUCAAAUUGCUGCCUAGAUGUAAAGCUCUACAUCUUUCUCACCUUAUAUUUGCGGAUGACCUAAUGAUCUUUGUGAAGGCCAAUCGCGAAUCUGUUUUGGCUAGUUUGGGGGGUCUUGACGAGUUUGCAGGUCUUUCAGGGCUGCAUCUCAAUAGAUCUAAGUCCUCUAUUAUUGUAGGGGGCCUAACCCAAACUAGUAGUAUGGAACUUUUGGAAUUAACGGGUUUCUCUGAGACCACUCUCCCUAUCAGAUCUACCAAACUUUGGCUCGACAAGUGGCACCCAGAGGGAGUCCUUUUUAAUAGGUUUGGUAGUAGGAUUUGCUAUGAUGCGGGAUCUUAUGCGCUUGCAGCCCAUCAUGCACUUGUCAAGGAAAUUGUUCGGGAUGGAGACUGGCUGCCUGGCCCUUCAACCUCUUUUGACCUUAUUGAUGGGUGGAGAGGCCUCCCCUCCAUUGAUAAGUUGCAUAGUGACAACCCGGAUUUGGUAGUCUGGACUGGCAAUCCGACAGGUAUCUUUUCAACCAAAUCGGCUUGGAAUGCCACCCGUGUGAAGGCCAACCCCGUGGAUUGGAGUGAAGCAGUUUGGUUUGAAGGCAGCAUUAAGUCCCACUCUUUUGUUUCUUGGAGGUGUCUGGUCGAUGCUCUCCCCACUAGGGAUAAUCUUCUUCACAGGGGGAUCCCGGUUCAACAUAGUUGUGAGUUUUGUUGGGCUGGUAUUGAGAGCAGAAACCAUCUUUUCUUUGCUUGCCCUUUUUACAUUGAUAUUUGGAGGAGGAUCUUUGGUAUGUGUUCUCUUCAUGGACAGGCUCCCAUGAACAUAUUUGAUGCUGCCAUUUGGGUUCGGUAUGCUGCAGGAAGAGCGGGGAGCUUAGGUGUGGUUUUAAAGCUUGCAUUUUGUGCCACUAUCAAGCAUAUUUGGUUUGAAAGAAAUUUCAGAAUUUUUCGCCAAAAGGUUAGAUCUAAGGAUCAGAUUGUGGAAGCUAUCAAGGGGGAUGUUAGGACUGCAGUCACAUCUGGUUCUUUGAGUGGGGAUCCUAGUCCUGCUAAUUCCCACAUUGCUUCGGCCUGGAACUUGCAAGUUCAUUGGACUAUUAGGAUGCCGAGACCAUGCUCGUGGGUCUUAUACCUCCUAACAAUUUGUGGUCCCUUCGCUGUGAUGGUUCGUUGUCCGAUGGUAGAGCUGCUUUUGGAGGAGUGA